AGAAACUGUUAAAAUGAUCGUUCUAAAUGCUCUUGUGAUCGUCAUACUAGCGCAGAUCCUACUAACAGCGGCUGAACCUCCAGUUAGGGAAUAUCCAUCAGAAAUCAAAGAAUGUCUUGAGGAAGUCAAUGUUAAAAUUGAAGAUGUAAUUGAUCCAAAAAAAGGAAACGAGUUGAAUGAAAAUCAACUCUGUUUUCUGAAAUGUGUGAUGGAAAAAACAGGAAGAUUGAAAUCUGACGGUUCCGUGGACUUUGACAAUUUGGAUAAAUGUAAAAUAUUUUCAAAAAUGCCUGAAGAUGCUAAGAAAAAUGCCAAGGAUUGUUUGAAGGAAAUGCCAAACGUGGUGGAAUGUGCUGAUAUGGAAAAAUUCGUCAUGUGUUUCGGAAAAAUUGAGUUGUAAAAAUCUAAAUACAUGUUACAAAUUUUAGUUUGA